CCUUGUUGGAGGGGACGGGCCGCCUUCCCCUCUCAGCGUGUCUGGUCCCGCACAGGAAAGCGUGUCUGUGGGAGGGGAGGGGCCCGCCUACCGCGGUCCAGGGAUGGGCAGGCACGGCAGGCGGGGAGGCCGUGCGGGGGAGACCUCUUCAGCCCCCUGCUCCCCUAGGUGAACAGCCAUGGCGGGCUGGAUCCAGGCCCAGCAGCUGCAGGGAGACGCGCUGCGCCAGAUGCAGGUGCUAUAUGGGCAGCACUUCCCCAUCGAGGUCCGGCACUACUUGGCCCAGUGGAUAGAGAGCCAGCCGUGGGACGCCAUCGACCUGGACAACCCCCAGGACCAAGCCCAGGCCGCCCACCUCCUGGAGGGCCUGGUGCAGGAGCUGCAGAAGAAGGCGGAGCACCAGGUGGGGGAAGAUGGGUUUCUGCUGAAGAUCAAGCUGGGGCACUACGCCAGGCAGCUGCAGAACACGUAUGACCGCUGCCCCAUGGAGCUGGUCCGCUGCAUCCGGCACAUUCUGUACAACGAACAGAGGCUGGUCCGAGAAGCCAACAAU